AUGUUGCAACUGCUCAGAUGUUUGCAACUCCUCAGCAACUGCUCAAGAUGGUUGCAAUCAGAUGGUUGCAACUCCUCAGAUGGUUGCAACUGCUCAGAUGGUUGCAACUCCUCAGAUUGUUGCAAGUGCUCAGAUGGUUGCAACUCCUUAGAUGGUUGCAAAUGCUCAAAUGGUUGCAACUCCUCAGAUGGAUGCAACUCCUCAGAUGGUUGCAACUGCUCAGAUGGUUGCAACUCCUCAGAUUGUUGCAAGUGCUCAGAUGGUUGCAACUCCUUAGAUGGUUGCAAAUGCUCAAAUGGUUGCAACUCCUCAGAUGGAUGCAACUGCUCAAUGGUUGCAAUGCUCAUUGCAACCCUCAGAUUGUUGCAAGUGCUCAGAUGGUUGCAACUCCUCAGAUGGUUGCAACUCCUCAGAUGGUUGCAACUGCUCAUAUGCAACUCAGAUGUUGCAACUGAGGAUGCAACUGCAACUGCUCAGAUGGUUGCAACUCCUCAGAUUGUGCAGCUCAGAUGUUGCAACUCCUUAGCAAAUGCUCAAAUGGUUGCAACUCCUCAGAUGGAUGCAACUCCUCAGAUGGUUGCAACUGCUCAGAUGGUUGCAACUCCUCAGAUUGUUGCAAGUGCUCAGAUGAUGGCAACUGUUCAAUGCAACUGCUCAGAUGGUUGCAACUCCUCAGAUGUUGCAACUGCUCAGAUGGUUGCAACUCAGAUGGUUGCAACUCCUCAGAUGUUGUUGGUUGCAACUCUGGAGAUGGUUGCAACUCCUUGGCAACUGCUUGUUGCAAACAGAUGGCAACUGCUCAGAUGGUUGCAACUCCUCAGCAACUCAAUGGUUGCAACUCCUCAUGGAACUGCAACUUGCAACUCUCAGAUGGUUGCAAUCAGCAACAACUCCUUAGAUGGUUGCAAAUGCUCAAAUGGUUGCAACUCCUCAGAUGGAUGCAACUCCUCAGAUGGUUGCAACUGCUCAGAUGGUUGCAACUCCUCAGAUUGUUGCAAGUGCUCAGAUGGUUGCAACUCCUUAGAUGGUUGCAAAUGCUCAAAUGGUUGCAACUCCUCAGAUGGAUGCAACUGCUCAGAUGGUUGCAACUGCUCAGAUAGUUGCAACCGUUUCAUUAAUUUUCUUUUGUGA